UCCGUGGGGGUGGUGUCAUACUAGGAUGCACGCUGUCGUUCUCGGAAUGACUCGAAGGGUGUGUGCGUGACCGUGCCAAAAGCGAGUGUCGUUGUGCUAUGGUGAAUAAAAACCAUCAUGUUACGAUCACAUAAGUGGUAUUUAAAAGAGUUUCCCGUGGUGCGUCACGCGGAGACUCAUACUCCUAUUCUAAAUAUACACAUGGACUUCAUUUGCCGUGUAUUGCCUCGAUGAUUUGGUAAGAACAGCUAAGAGCAGCGCUCGCGAUGUUGAGGACUAUAAAAUUAUUGCCGUUUUUGUUCUUCGCAAUGAAUCUAAUCGUACUAGGUGGCUGUUCCGAAGACGAAGAACGUUUGGUGCGCGAUCUAUUCAGAGGAUAUAACAAGUUAAUUCGGCCAGUUCAAAAUAUGACAGAAAAGGUUGAUGUUCGCUUCGGCCUUGCCUUCGUUCAAUUAAUUAACGUGAAUGAGAAGAAUCAAAUUAUGAAGUCAAACGUAUGGUUACGUUUGGUGUGGAACGACUACCAGCUUCAAUGGGACGAAGCUGACUACGGUGGAAUAGCUGUACUGAGAUUGCCUCCAGAUAAAGUUUGGAAACCCGACAUAGUGUUGUUUAACAAUGCUGAUGGGAAUUAUGAAGUAAGAUACAAAUCAAACGUUUUAAUUUACCCGAACGGCGAGGUUUUGUGGGUACCUCCAGCAAUUUAUCAAAGUUCUUGUACAAUAGAUGUUACUUAUUUUCCUUUUGAUCAACAAAUAUGUAUAAUGAAAUUUGGUUCUUGGACUUUUAAUGGUGAUCAGGUCUCCCUUGCGUUGUAUAACAACAAAAACUUUGUAGAUUUAUCCGAUUAUUGGAAAUCUGGUACGUGGGAUAUUAUAGAAGUUCCCGCCUACCUCAACAUAUACGAGGGUCAUCAUCCUACGGAAACUGACAUUACAUUUUAUAUUAUCAUUCGUCGCAAAACUCUAUUUUAUACCGUCAAUUUAAUACUUCCUACAGUGCUAAUAUCGUUCCUAUGCGUUCUCGUAUUUUAUUUACCAGCGGAGGCUGGCGAAAAGGUUACGCUGGGAAUAAGUAUUUUACUAUCUCUAGUGGUGUUCUUGCUGCUAGUAUCAAAAAUCCUGCCACCAACUUCCCUUGUGCUGCCGCUCAUUGCAAAAUACCUCCUGUUCACGUUUAUCAUGAACACAGUUAGUAUCCUCGUUACAGUAGUUAUAAUUAAUUGGAAUUUCCGAGGUCCGCGAACACAUAGGAUGCCUUCAUGGAUACGUUCGAUUUUUUUAAAUUACCUACCGGCUAUGCUGUUGAUGAAACGGCCUCGUAAAACGAGGCUUAGAUGGAUGAUGGAAAUGCCCGGCAUGGGAGUACCACCUAAUCCGUACGGCUCGCCGGCAGAUAUUCCCAAACAUAUAAGUUCGAUUGAGCCUCAGAGCAAAGUAGAAGUAAUGGAACUCUCUGAUCUGCACCAUCCGAACUGUAAGAUAAAUAGAAAGCUCAAUUCCGAUUUAGGAGUAGGAUCCGAAAGCUGUAGAAGAGAAAGUGAAAGUUCAGAAUCAAUUUUGCUAACGCCGGAGGUUUCGAAGGCAACGGAAGCGGUCGAAUUUAUCGCGGAGCAUUUACGUAAUGAAGAUUUGUACAUUCAGACAAGGGAAGAUUGGAAGUAUGUGGCUAUGGUAAUUGAUAGAUUACAACUGUACUUGUUCUUCAUUGUAACAACUGCUGGCACUGUGGGAAUCCUAAUGGAUGCACCUCAUAUAUUUGAAUACGUAGAUCAAGAUAGAAUUAUUGAACUAUAUCGGGGUAAAUAGAACAAAUUUUGGUGGCCUUUGUUCAUAACAGUUGGCUUCCUUGUAAUUGGCUAACAAAAUCAUGUGGCUUCCAUGAGUGCGCAUGGGAUGGAUCCACUACGUAUAGCAGCUGCGGUUUUCAAUUAGAGGUUUUCCUUCGUCACAAUGUGGUGCCUCUUUACUCGAUAUCACAGUAUUUUAUAUGACGGAAUGUUACACAUACUCACACACGCUUAAGUACCACACGCGCAUGUGCACUAUAUAGUGAUACAUUAGUUCUAAUACACGGUGAAACGCACUUCAAGAAGUAUAAGUGGAAGAAAAUUCGUUGAAACAUUUUAUUUAAACCGCAACAAUCAUUAAAAAAGACAUAGUGACUGCCAUUCGAAACUAUUAGUUUGUGCAAUCGUGCCCGGCCCAUGACAGUUUCACUACACUUCUGUAGUGUACAUUCAAGAUCCACUGUUUUGACGAAAGCACAUCUCCACCCGACCGCAGCGGCGACGAAGACGUACUACUAAUUUAGUGAAACUGUGAACUAAUACAACAUCCCCGGGUGAGUUCGUGUCAACAGUCAAAUAUUAAUACUGUAAUAUGUAUAGACUAUAGGGUAGACUAAAAAAUACGGGCAGUGUUAUACUGUAAAUAAUGUCGCACUACUUUUUUGGUUUUCAUUUUUGAAGGAACUCGAUCGCCGUGGCAAUUUCAUUGUUUAUGUUUAUUUAUUAAUAUAUAACAUAUUAAUAAAUAAUGAAAUAACGAAGGUGACUAUAGAGUUCUAGCUUUAUUGCUCUGACCGAACUGCCAUAUCAAACUGUUUCUUCCAUAGGAUUGACACUCAAUACCUACUUCCUUUGCACACUGUAAAACGCAGUCUUACAACAUUUCGAAUGAAGAGGUAAUAGACAUAAUGAAUGUAAUUAAUAUAUAAAUGAUCGCUAUAGGCACUAUUAAAUUGUUUUUUAUAAACUUUUAUAAGGGUCUUCCAAAUUUACAGAGGUACCAUACCAUUUUUUUAAGAUGCAGUUCUACGAAAAAACGUGCCAAUAGUUAUCAGAAUCUUAAUAUCAUAUUGUUAUUACAUAUAGUCUGUUACGACAAACGUAGAGAUAACAUUUUUAAUAAACGCGUAGGACCCACAUAUAAGUACCGUAUAGCGCUGCCUUGUGUUUCAAACACAUUACCGCUUGAAACACAGAAUUGACUAUUUAAUACAAUCAAUAAUAAUCAUUUAUCUGUUAAAAUGUUAAUGUACCAAACGGAUGCAUUUACAAUAAAAAUACGCAGAAUAA